AUGAGUGAUAGUAUCGACUUCAAUGACAUGAUAAAUUUGAAUAGGUAACUUAUUAUAAAUAUGUAGGAAUAUUUACGGUACCUAGUAACAAAAAGAAGAAAGCAAGAUGAUUCAUAAACCUGUGGAUGAUUCAAGUCUAACAAUUGAUAAUAUACUUAAAGGAAAUUAGUAUAAUAUAUUAAUUUGAGUAACUUAGAGCAUUUUAUAAUCCUAUGUCAUUACAAGCAUCAUAAUUGAAAGAAAAGAUAGAAGAAGAAUCUCAGGAAGAAAAAGUUAAUUUUUUUCAAGAAGUUUAAUUGUUAACAAAGAUACCUGAAAUUGUGUCUUUCAAUUUAAUUUAUAAUUAAAAGACACUUUUUAAAAAUGAAGGCAUCCCUUAUGAAGAAGCUAAACAUUUAGAUAAAAGUAUUAGCAAUAAUAAAAUUAGCUCGAAUUAAAAGAAAAGAAAGGGAAUUAAAAGUUAGCGGAGCAUCUGUUGAAAAAGAGAUUGCUCCAUCAAAGAAACAAUAUGUUAGAUUAUAUAAAAAUCAGAUAUCUAAAAUUUGUUUCACUGCUCCUAAAAAUCUAUUGUUAAUUAGCCAACAUUUAGGUAAUAAUACUAAGUGGGAGAAACAAUUAAAAAUUUAAGAUUUUGGUGGAUAGAGACCAUCAUUAUCAAUAGUUCAAGAGAAAACCACAGGAAGAUUCUAUAUCUAUGAUAACAAACAAGGAAGAGUACAUAUCUUUAGUUCAGAUAUGUUAAUAAAUGAUAACAAGGAUAAACCAUUAGUCUCAUUAAAUCUGAAUGAAGAUAAACCUAGAUAAGAUCCAUUAUUAUAUUUGAUUGAAUGUGAACAUGAAUAUUAAUGGAAAAGUGUUCUUCUUGUAAUUGGAGGACAUCAUUUAUAGAGAGGAGAAAAAAAACCAUUGAAAACAAUAAAAGUAUUUGAAAUAAAAAGAAGAGAAGUUACAUUAACACCUGUAUUAACAAUAACAAUGACUAAAUCAAGAAUGAAUCCUAUAGUUUUUGAUCUAAUAAAAGACAAAGGUUUUAUUUGGUAAGAUAAAGAUAAUGGAGAUAAAGAGAAAGUAGAUGCUGAACAUAGAUCAGUAGAUCAAAAAUAUAUUUUUAUAAUGGGUGGUAAUCCUUUAUUAGAAUAUGAAAAAGAAGUUGAUUAAGAAUUAAUAGAAGCUAAUUAAACUUGUGAAUAUAUUAGUUUAAAAUUAAUAUUGGAACAUAUAGCUAGAGCUAAACUAGUAAAUAUAUUAUAAUAAUUAUAAAUAGUUUUCAAUGACAGAUUAAGCUAAUUUAAGUUUGAAUUUUGGAAAAUUCUCUAUUGUUGAUACACUUACUAUUAAGUAUCAAAAUAUUAUUGCAACUGAAAAGGUUUAUAAUCAUUUUUAUAAUGCUUCAGUGACAAAAAUGGUUGAUGAUGUAUUCAAAUAAAAAGCAUUAAUUAUUUUAGGAGGCAAUACAUCUUAAACAUUUUAAAUUUAAGCUAUUUCAUUCAAACUUAAUGAAAUUACUUUAAUUGGAUAAACUAAAUAAAUAUCUAAACCAUCUGUUAUAUACUCAGCCAGUAAUUUAAGGUAAAGUAUAUUAAUAAAAAGAGAUAUUUUGAAAAGAAAGUCUUUUAUUUUGAUGAGACAGAUAAAAAAGAUCCAUCACAGUUAUAAAAUUUAGAAUCUAGAAGAGAUAAUAAGGUAGCUUGUACUUGUAGUAUAAUGUGA